AAACAUUUAACUAACACCAACUAGUACACUAAGGGAUGUUUGAUUCGCAGACUAAGUUACCCAAAAUUAUAGUCUUGAGAUUAUAAUUCUUGGACUAAUUUAUCCCAAACGACCCCUAAAGACCGAAAUUUCCUAAGUAUGAGGCAUGGGGGCCUAACAUUGAAAAACACAAGAAUAAUGAUGGGUUUAUAGUGUCUGCACUUCACCCAUUAUCUUAAAUUUUUUGGUUGGUAUGUUCAAAUUCUUUCACAUGAUAUUAUAGCGAAACUUUGAUAAGCCUGUUUGUAGUGAAACUUUGAUAAGCCUGUUUGUAGUGAAACUUUGAAAAGAAAUUUUCAAUGUUGUAACUUCCUAGGUGGAAUAUGUGAAAUGUAAUUUCAUGCGAACUACUUAUCUUUUGCGACAUAUGAGAUCACGGGAAAUUGUCUUGAAUCUUGUAGGAGUAUGUAGAAAAGCCAAAUUGCUGUCUCAAUUGCAUUCUUUAACUAUCAAAACUGGACUACUUUACGAAACUCACUUGGCUCCAAAGUUGACCGAAUUAUAUUUCGAGUUGUUACCUUUUCAAACUGCACGUAAGUUGUUCGAUGAAAUUCCUCACCCAAAUGUAUACACUUGGAAUUGCAUUCUUCAACGCUUCUGUGGAAGAAAACAAUUUGAGGAAGUAUUGUCACUCUUUUCGUCUGUGUUUUUAUUCGAAAAGCCUGAUCAUUUCACUCUACUUUUCGCAUUAAAGGCGUGUUCUGCAUUAAAAACACUAAAUUUUGGCAAAACAAUUCAUGGGUUGGGGAAGAAACAUGGUAACAUUGAUUCAAACAUGUUUCUUGGAUCAGGCCUUAUUGAGAUGUACUCAAAAUGUGGAAAUAUGGACGAUGCUUUAUGCAUCUUUGAGGAAUAUUCAAAGCCGGAUAUUGUUUUAUGGACUACAUUGGUUUCUGGAUAUGAGAAGAACUUUAAGCCUGAUGAAGCAUUAGCUGUUUUUACUGGAAUGGUGAUGACACGUGGCGUUAGUCCAGACCCGAUAACUCUUGUCACUGUUGUUUCCGCUUGUACUCAGUUGCUGAAUUUGAAAGCUGGAAAAAGUAUUCAUGGAGUUCUAAUUCGAAAGGGUUAUGAAAAUCCCCUGCCUUUAUUUAAUGCUUUGCUAAAUUUAUAUACAAAGACUGGUUCCAUAGAGUACGCGGAGAGUUUGUUUAGGGUGAUGGAAGAAAAAGAUGUAAUCUCAUGGAGUUGUGUGAUCUCUUGUUAUGCUCAUAAUGGGGCUACUGAUAGAGCAAUAAGUCUUUUUGAUGAGAUGAUAUAUAAAGGAGUUGAACCUAACUCGGUAAGUGUGAUUAGUGCUUUGCAGGCUUGUGAAGCUUCUUGUAAUAUAGGAAAAGGCAGGCAAAUACAUGAACUAGCUUUUCAGAAAGGUCUUGAACGGGAUAUAUUGGUUUCCACAGCUUUGAUUGAUAUGUACAUGAGCUGUUGUUCACCUAAUGAAGCGAUUAUGGUAUUCGAUAUGAUGUUGAGAAAAGAUGCUGUUUCUUGGUUCGCUCUGUUGUGUGGUUGUGUUCAAAAUGGAAUGGCCAACAAGUCCAUGCAAAUAUUUUGUAAUAUGUUGGCCAGCGAUAUCCAUCCUGAUGAUACUGUGAUGGUUAAAAUUCUUGGAGCUUGUUCUGAGUUGGGGAUUCUUCAAUUGACUUGUUGUCUUCAUGGUUAUGUCACUAAAGGUGGGUUCAUCAGCAAUUUGUUCGUUGGGGCUUCACUUAUUGAAUGUUACGCGAAAUGUGGUAGCUUGGAGGAGGCUAUCGAGGUUUUUGGAAGAUUAACAGAUAAAGAUGUUGUUAUCUGGAGCUCCAUGUUUGCAGGCUACGGAAUUCAUGGGCAAGCUAGGGAAUCAAUUAAGUUAUUUCAUCGUAUGGUUACAGAUUCUACAGUGAGGCCUAACAAAGUUACUUUCCUGUCAAUUUUAGCGGCUUGUAGUCAUGCAGGUUUUGUUGAGGAAGGAAUUGAAUUCUUCAAUAUGAUGCUGAAUGAGUACCAACUGAUGCCAGAAUCAAAGCAUUAUGCAAUCAUUGUUGAUUUACUCGGACGAACUGGAGAAUUGGACAAGGCUAUGUGCAUCAUUAACCAAAUGCAGUCAGAGGUUGGAGCACACGUAUGGGGGGCCUUGCUUGGUGCUUGCAGGAUUCAUCAGAAUGCAGAGAUUGGAGAAGUCGCCGCCAGGAAUCUUCUCCGGCUAGAUCCAGAUCAUGCAGGAUAUUAUAUCCUGUUAUCAAAUGUGUAUGCUGUUGAUGGGAAGUGGGAUGAUGCAGCUGAACUUAGAAGUUCAAUUAAAGAGAGAGAGUUGAAAAAGUUACUGGCCAAAGUGUUGUUAGACUUUAGGAACGAGGUCCAUGUCUUUUUAGCCAAUGGUAGAUAUCACUGGGACUUAAGAGCAUAUCUAUGAUCCUAAUUUUAACAUUCUGCUGCAUCAUGCUGAAAAAGUUAAAUAGUUCUGAAAGUUGAGAGAGAAGACAUCUGGGCAAGAUAGUUGUCCACAUUUAGAGAGAUGGUUGUGUGUUUUUGGACUGCUGUAGUGUCACCAGAUCCAGGAUAUAACAGAUUGCACAGGAAACAAGAGGGAAGGUCAGAAAUGAGUUGCUCAACUGGCCUUCAUCUAGUCCUAAGACACGUUGGGGAAAUUUUCUAAAAGGUUACAUUUGAGAAAUCCACCGAAGAGACGUGAGAGAAGAUCACGUUCAACAAGUAUUUGCUCAAGUCAGAGCUCGGGCAGUGGCUUAGAUCCUUCUAUCCUUAAUCAGGUGUCUCAGGUUCGAGCCUAGGAUGGAGAUAUUCCCGAUGGGAAGCUUUUUCCCGUUGGUGAGCCCUACACAGCGCAAAUCCCGUAUUAAUCGGUCAAGUGAAUUUCACAUACGGGUUGGUUAUAAGCAAAAGUAUUUGCUCGAAUCCAUAAGAUUAACCUCACUUUUGAGCAAAAAUUUCUCUCUUUGUUCUUUUUAGUCUUACAGUGAUAUACUUGUAUCAUGGUUGUGGUUGUAACUAGGAGUUUAGUCGAGCACUAAAGGGAUAUGUUGUGACUUGUGUGUGCUUAUAUCCAU